CAUCGUUUUUGUGACUGUGCACACCUUCAUCAUGGCUACAGCUGGCUGUUUCCCCGUUUCUAACCCUGGCGAAUGUUUCUGGCAAAAUGAGCCGCAUCAAUUGCAUGAUCACCGCUCAACUGAGCAGCUCCCCGAUCACGCGGACAUCGUGAUCAUCGGCGCCGGCUACGCCGGAGCUAGCACUGCAUACCAUCUGCUGCGUGACCACGGCGAGAAGGUCAAGUCCAUUACUAUCUUAGAGGCCCGGGGAGCGUGCUCCGGGGCGACGGGUCGCAAUGGCGGACAUCUCCGUCCGGACUUCUACGGCCACAUUCCAACAUACGUCGACCGCGCAGGUGUUCGCGCUGGCGCAGAAAUUGCCGAGUUCGAGAUUGCCAACCUGCAUGCCUUGAAGAAGGUCGUUGAGGAUGAGAAAAUUGACUGCGACUUUACGCUUGCGCGAUCUAUCGAUGUCUGGUGCAACGAGGAGGCGGCGCAAAAGGCAAAGGGCACAUAUGAGCUCAUGAAGUCAUUGGAUCUCGAGUAUAUGAAUGAUGUGGUGUUUUACACUGGAAAGAACGUGGAGGGAAUCUGUGGUGUCAAAGGUGCUAAAGCCUGCGCCUCCUUCACGGCGGGCACCAUGUGGCCGUACAAAUUCAUCCUACACAUUCUCCAAUCCGUCCUCGCUACGGGAAAGGUCAAUCUGCAAACAUUUACCCCUGCUACAUCGAUAACCCCCAGCCCGGAGGGCGGCUAUACCAUUGAAACGUCCCGCGGAAAGAUGCACGCAGGAACGGUUGUGCACGCCAGUAAUGCUUACGUGGCCGGUCUGCUUCCCGAGUACGAGAAGAAUAUUGUACCCUGCAAGGGUAUCUGUUGUCGCAUUACUGUGCCAGAGGGGAUAACCGCACCACUCUUGAACAACUCCUACAUCAACCGCACCGAAGAUAACACCCUUUCCUACUUGAUCCCUCGUCCCGAUGGCAGCAUCGUUGUCGGUGGAGCAGCCGCCAAGUUCCGCUCAUACAAGGAGCAAUGGUACAACAACGUCGAUGAUACCGUUCUCAUUGACUCGGCCAAAGACUACUACAACGAUUACAUGCAACGGACGUACCGUGGAUGGGAGGAUAGCGGAGCGAAGGUCGAUCAAAUCUGGACGGGUGUCAUGGGAUACUCGUAUGACUCGAACCCGCACAUUGGAGCUGUGCCCGGCAAGGACGAUCAGUUCAUCCUGGCGGGACUGAAUGGUCACGGCAUGCCGGUGAUUUGGCGAUCGGCACAGGAGCUUGCGCGCAUGGUAGUGGAGAAGAUCCCCUUCGAAGAGACGGCUAUGCCUCGACUGUUCAAGACGACGCAGUUCCGGAUCGACCGCGCCCUCAACGGACAGGAGAGCGAUGGAGAUAUUCUGGGCACCGGCAACUUUCCUUCCACAAAGCCAUGAGCAAUUAUCUUAGUUUUCUUGACUGUAUAUAUUCGCGUACAUAGACUAUCCACCCAACCUUGUAUCACGUUUAAUGAG